AUGCUGUCCCGCAAGGCCGUGGCCUUUCUGCUGGUGUUGCAUGCAGCCACCAUGCUGGCUUCCCAGACGGAAGCCUACAUUCCCAUCUUCACCUACGGCGAAGUCCAGAGGAUGCAGGAAAAGGAGCGGUACAAAGGGCAAAAGAAAUCCCUGAGUGUACAGCAGAGGUCCGAGAAGGUGGGCCCUCUGGACCCUGCAGAGCCCUCGGAGGAAGAAGAAAAGGAAGUUAUCAAGCUGACUGCUCACGUGGAAACUGGAAUGAGGAUGAACUCCAGGCAGCUGGAAAAGUACCGGGCCACCCUGGAAGGGCUGCUGCGUGAGGUGCUGCUGUCCAGCCAGAACGCCAAGUGACAGGUCACCUGCGGGAGAAGCUAGAUGGAACUCGGAUCCCCCCACCCCCCAUCCAGAGAGGCCCCGGG